UGUGAUGAAAAAUUACAAGAGGGGAGGAGAAGAUGCAGAGUGCAGAGAGAGAUAUGAUCAAAGUCAUGGGUUAGGGCUAAGGCGGCCCAUGUUAUUCUACAUCAUAAUGCUGACCUCCACUCCUCAAAUUGGGCCCAAAUUGCAAUUUUGUUCGAAAUAGGCCCUUUCUUGAUUUCUUCUGCUCCGACGGUCGGCGGCGCGAAUGACGGUGAAAAAUCUCAGCGAAGCAAGAAUAGAUUGAGGAUCGCCUAGCAAUAUUGUAUUCUUCUUUAUGGAAGAGUUGUUGGAGGGCAAAGAAGCAGGGAGCAGCAAUAGCAGAAACUGGGACGAAGCGUUCCAUCUCUUUGCUAAUGUGAUUGCAUCUGAGAAUGAUGCAACUAAAAUUCAGGCCACGAUCAGGCUUGCGAAGAUGUCCAGAUAUGCCCCAGAAAAUAUUUUGGCACUUACUGUGCCCAUUUUAUUGGAGCUUCUUGAAAGUCCGCCAACUGACCUGAGUCCUUUGGUUCAAGAGGCAUCCGCAUACAGCUUGAAAUGCAUUGCUUCCCAAGGAGAAGGCAGAUUAGCCAAUCUUAUUGGUCAAAUGGGUGCGGUUCCUCUUUUGCUGAGACUAUUACCCAAUUCUGAAGAGGGCUCACAGAGGGCUUUGUUGAAGUGUCUUAGGAAUGUUGUUACAUUUUGGGGCCAGAAUCGCAUGAUUUUAGUUAGUAAUGGUGGGCUAGAGAUUGUUCUUACUAUGCUAAGUUCCUGCUCUGGUCAUUCAAAGUUGAUCUUAUUAGAAAUCUUGAGUGUGUUGGCUCUUAUAAGAGAGGUUAGAAAGGUUCUGUGGAGAUCGAGAAAAGUUCAUCAUCUUGUUGAAGCUGCUAGGUGUGGCAGCGUGGUCUCUAGAACUAGGGCUGCUCAGGCAAUUGGCUUACUUGGAUUGAUUAAAAGAGCUCGUCGUACGCUUGUGAAUGCGGGUGCUCUGCAAGUGCUUAUGCAAUUACUUAAGGAGGGAGACCCCACCAUGAAACUAGUGGCUGGUAAUGCACUUGGUGUGAUCUCUUCUCAUGUUGAUCACAUUAGGCCUGUUGCCCAAGCAGGAGCAAUUCCUUUGUAUGCCGAGCUACUUAAAAGCUCUGAUCCUGUCGGCAAAGAAAUUGCUGAGGAUGUGUUCUGUGUCUUAGCUGUUGAUGAAGAAAAUGCAGUAACAAUUGUUGAACACUUGGUCGGUAUUCUUAGAGGAGAUGAUGUUGGAGCAAAGGCUGCUGCUGCUGAUGUUAUAUGGGAUCUCUCAAGUUAUAAAUACUCAUUACCUAUACUGCAGAACUCUGGUGCCAUUCCAAUUUUAGUCGAGCUUCUGAAGGACGAGAACAUUGAUGUUAAAGAAAAAGUUGCAGGAGCUGUUGCUCAGCUGAGUCUGAACGAGGCCAAUCGAACAGUCCUUGCUAAUUCUGGAGUGAUACCCCUUCUCAUCAAUAUGUUGGAGGAUGAUUCCGACGAGCUGAGAGACAACGCUGCAGAAGCCCUCGUGAAUUUCUCAUUGGAUCCACUACUUGGAGAUCAGACAUCCUGUAUUUUGGAGAAUCCUUCAUUCCAGAAUAUGCGUAAUAGACUAAUGCAGAUGCAUGCCUCAGAUGAACAUCUGGACCUGUCUAUAACAAGGCAGAUAAGUACAGAGCAACUCACCUGGGACCCUGGCUUUUAUUAAAAUUUUUGUAAUUACUUGUCGGAAGAUAGGCAGUUUGUCCUUAAGAACAGGAUGAGAACUACAGCACACGUAGAAGUUCCUUCAGCCCAAAAAA